AUGUCUGAACCUCUGAAAGGCUCUAAUACCUCUAAAUUUCAAGUCUCUGAAUUCAUCCUGAUGGGAAUUCCAGGUAUUCACAGCUGGCAACACUGGCUCUCCUUACCACUGGCAUUACUCUACCUCUUAGCAAUUGGUGCUAAUAUCCUCAUCCUCAUUACCAUCUUCCAGGACCCUGUUCUACAGCAGCCCAUGUACUACUUCCUCGGCAUCCUCUCUGUGGUAGACAUGGGUUUGGCUACCACCAUCAUGCCCAAGAUUUUGGCCAUCUUCUGGUUUAAUGCCAAAGUCAUCAGCCUCCCUGAGUGUUUUGCUCAGAUUUAUGCCAUUCACUGUUUUGUUGGAAUGGAGUCUGGGAUAUUCCUUUGUAUGGCUUUUGAUAGAUAUGUAGCCAUUUGCCACCCCCUUCGCUACCCAUCGAUUGUCACCAGUGAUUUAAUCUUAAAAGCUACACUGUUCAUGGUCCUUAGAAAUGGAUUAUUUGUCAUUCCUGUGCCUGUACUUGCAGCCCAGCGUAAUUAUUGUAACAAAAAUGAAAUUGAUCAUUGCCUGUGCUCUAAUCUUGGGGUCACAAGCUUGGCUUGUGAUGAUAGGAGGCCAAAUAGCAUUUGUCAAUUGGUUCUGGCAUGGCUUGGAAUGGGAAGUGAUCUAAGUCUCAUAUUAUUGUCAUAUAGUUUGAUUCUGCGCUCUGUACUUAAACUUAAUUCUGCCGAAGCUGCAUCCAAGGCUCUGAGCACGUGUAGUUCCCAUCUCAUUCUUAUUCUCUUCUUUUACACAGUUGUUGUGGUAGUUUCAAUAACUCACUUGAGGGAAACUAAGGCUACUUUGAUUCCAGUUCUACUCAAUGUGCUACACAAUGUCAUUCCCCCUUCCCUCAAUCCCAUGGUUUAUGCACUUAGAACUAAAGAACUUAGAGCAGGCUUUCGAAAAGUGUUCCAUUUGAGCAUUGAAAAUAAAAUAAGACAUUAG